AUGGAUUAUACUCGAAAUGAUGACGAACGACGACAAGACUAUCAACAAUAUACAUUUUCUCAAAUCUAUUCUCUGAAACAUUUUGCAGGAAGAGCCUUCUCCAUUUCACACAAACUUUCAAAACAAUUACUUGCUUGGGGAACACUUGGAGUUGCGCAAUCUCAUUUAAAUCCAUUACUCACACUUGAACAGAGAACAUGUCAUUCCAAUGAAAUCAAACAAGAUUUAACAUUUACGGUUCAACCAACAGUGAAAUCUAGAUUCUAUUCAAAGAUUCGAAUUGAAAAUCAAGAUGCUAAUACUGGAAAAAUUCAUGAAUUUUCUGGAUUUUUAUUAUUUGAUUAUUUAAAAAGAAAAGUCUAUGCAAAAGCACAAAAUUCAGGCUAUUCCAAUCGAACCUAUGAAUUAGUAGUCAUUCCAAAUUAUUUUACAAAAUUUUUAAGUGUUUACUUGUUGGUUGAUUCCAAAUGUUUAUUUUUAUCAAGUCAACUUCACCUUACUCAAAUUCCACUUGAAUUGAAAUUACAACAAGUGACCAAUCAUCCCAUCUAUCAAAUCAUAUUCAAAGGAUUUACUGUUGUGAAUUCAGUUCAUUGUGAAGAGUGGUACAUCAAAACACGAGAAUUAUUUGGACGUGAAUUUGAAACUGAAAUUUCUCUCUUUACAAGUAGAAAUAAUUAUCAAUUAGUGAAGGCAAUCAUUUCAAAGACACCUAUUGGACCUGUUUCGAUUGAAUUGAGUCAGGUCUCAGAAUUGGAAUAUCCAUUCGAUGAUCAAUUAGAAGAAUGGUCACAACAAGCAAGUGUCAAGUGUCGUUAUGGAAAUAUCAUGAUGUUGCAACAGCAAAAUAAAUAA